UAGGUAAACAAAUAUACACACAUACGCAAACAGAAGCUUAUAUAGCCAGCUAGAGCGCCCAUACAGGCAAAAUUAAUAUAUAUGGCGGCCGGAGACGACGAUGUCGACGCCACGGAGAAAUCGACGUUCCGGUGCCUGGACGCGGCGCGCUGGGUGGUUGCGGCGGCGGUGAUGGUGGUCAUCGUGGCCGUCACGGCGUACGCCUUCAAGGUGGUCUUCCGCCCCGGCACGCUCUCCCUCUCGAUCGUCGGAGGCUCCGUUGCCGUGGAGCGAAUCCACGGCAGCAACAGCAGCAGCAGCAGCAACGCCAGCAGCAGCAGCCAAAACUUGACCUUCACCUACAGCCUCCACGCCAUGAACCCGAGCGGCCGCAUCCGGAUCUACUACACAAACAUCCGCGCCAAGCUCAAGGCCAUAAACUCCACUAAAGACGACAACUCUUUCCUCUUUCUCCGUUUGCCGGACGUGGCCUUGGCGCCGCAGUCGGCGGUGGACACCUUCCUGAAGAUGACGACGGCCGCCAAGGCCCCGUUCCAGGAGGAGUACUUCAGGGAGCUGAGAAACGGCACCAGCAUCGGCAAAGCCUGGAUCGAGCUCAACGGCACCCUCGUCGUCGAGAACUUCUCCGGCCACAACAUGACCCCCGUCACGAGCACCCUAUACUACUGCUGGCCCAUUGUCGUCCUCGGCGGCGAUGAGGACGACGACAGCGGCGGCACUGCGGGUUCUGUAAGCAACGCACCCUGCACGGACAAACCUCCAACGACCGUGCCGCCGGCCAGUUGAUGGCUUUGGGUGAUUAGUGACCGAAAGCGCGGAGGAGAAAAGACCUUAGACCACCAUUUUAAUUAUCAAAACCACCACGAGGAAAACCUCUAUAUGGAGUGGGUGGACAUGAUGUCAUCUACAAAGCUAGAUGAGCCGUGAGCCAAACAUGUUCUCUUGACAUUUUUGUCAAGAAAUAACCAAAUAUUCAAUAUUUUGUAACAAAUUUUGUAGUUUGUCGUGCCAUACCGUUCCUACUCCCACAAGAAAAACUCACAUUUUCUAGAGACUCUGGAGCAAAGUUACCUGGGGAAAAAAAUCUGGUAAUUAAAUACACUCUUAGAGUGCUCCCGCACAGAGAAAAUAACAAAGUAGAGACAGCCGCGCGAUAGGAACCACCAUGUUCUCGCAGGUGGUUAAUUACUUUGCAGUUCAUGUACUAUGCUUGUAGAGUUUCUCUGCAUUUUUUUCUCCUUUGGAGAAGUGCAUGCAGUACCUAGGAAUUGUGUACUAGUGGUAGUGGAAUCUAGACGAAAAUUAUAACUGGAAA